UUUAAGUCGAGAGCAUUCAAAUCUUUCAAACGUGUUCAUGAUAAUACAAGCUAUUGACGGUGUAACAUGACUUUCCCAGCGGAGAAAAGUUUGUGUGUUGUUUUUUUCUGUACUUUUUGGAUAUUUGGCGACUGUCAGAGCGGAAAAGCGCGGUUGCUUGGGAAACUGAAAGAUUACAACAAGCUUUUAGCACCGGAAGGACCGGAGGGAGGGGCAGUGAACGUCACACAUGGCAUGGACCUUAAACGGAUCAUCAGUCUUGACAACCAAGUACUCUUGUUAGACACCUACCUGUCUCUCACGUGGAUCGACAACCAGUUAGUAUGGGACCCGGAUGACUUUGACGGUCUUGAACUCAUCCGCAUUCCUAGUGAGAAACUCUGGCAACCAGAUAUUAUGCUUGAAAACAAUGCGGAUCAGUUCAAUGGCCUUCACAGCGGUGACAUCAACAUGGUCAUCACCUAUGACGGCAUGGUGUUCUAUACUCCCCCAGUAAAGACCGCUUCAUUUUGCAAGGUGAACUACAAAAAUCUAAAGCAAGGCGACGUCAUAACAUGCACGUUGACGUUUCUCUCCUGGACAUAUGACGGUGACGCUCUGAAUCUGAUGAACCUAGAUGACGUCAUUUCGACCGGGAAUCUUGAUAAAGAUUUUAAUACACAUUGGAAGUUCGUAACAUCAAAUGUGAAACGUGACAUUCAAUAUGACCCUUGCUGUGUGGAGCCUUACGUGAAGAUCAAAUACAUUAUCAAGCUACGUUACGUGCCUUAACGUGAUUUUAACAUGCAGAUCGGAAACAAUUUACUAUUCACGUUACUUUUAAUGGUUUUCGAAUGUAAAUUUGCACGAGUGAUUUGAUUCAUUUGUAUUGCUAUUCUGUUGGCUGACCAUUCUUCGUCGUUACAAGGACGCAGAUAAUGAAGCUAUCCAGGAUUUCGUCGGCAUGGUAGCUACCUGCAAAACUUUUUUUCACUUUACUGUAGUUGAUUUUACAAUUUAUUACAAUAACGCUUCGAAAUAUUGUAUAAUUGUACACAAAAUAAUUGCAAACAAUCGCAUGUAGCAUUCAAGUUUACCCGCAGCCGUUACUUUCUUUGACAUGCUAGUUGGCUAAUGCCAUUGAUCAUACAAAACACGAAAUGUUUCAUAUGACAAGUGAUUCCAAAUAUUAAAAUUAAAUCUAUUUGUAAUUUCGCUUUACAAGUAAUGAAUAAGGUCAAAAGAGUUUUGCAGUAAAUAAUUGUUCUUUUUUCUGACACUCUUUAGAUUUAAGCGAUUAAUAGCAAUGAGAGUGUUGGUAGUGAAUUACUUCGAAGUUAAGACUUUAAAAACACUUACGGAUUACCUGACGAUCCGCUUGGUCCUUAAACAUGUCUAGCUGAGCAGUUUAUGUCCUCUCUGAUUCGUCUCAUCGUUUCACCAGUAGUUUUUAUUCGAUGUCUUCCAUGCCUUUUAAAGAAAAGACGAGCGUGUUGAAUUAUUUCAGAAACCGCCCUAUCGCAUUCCAUACCAAGUUUUCGCAGGCUCACAUUGCUUAUAAACUGACAUUUCGGCUUCAUUUCGAAAUUUCUUGGUUUUAUAUCGGAAAAUUUUAUUUCCUUUUCGAAUUUUAUCGCGCUAUUGGACAUAUGGCGUUUGACAGACUUUUUCAUUUUUUCUCAUUAAAAACAUUCCUUUAAUGUAAAUUAAACACCUUUUCUACCAGAUAGUUUGAAGCUUUUUACGAGAGAAUAUAUCAUAAAGAUCAUUGGCAACUAGACAGCAUAUAAAAAGCUGUUUUAGUCAUGAUUAUAGUGAUGCAAACUAGCACCGGCUUACACAGAAGUCUAUUUUUAGACCUUUCAAUAUAUACUAAGUAGUAUUUGAAUUUUUGACUAGAAAACAGUGUUUUGAGGACAACAAAGUGUGGGUUUUCGAUACAUGUGUUUGACGUGGAUGAAAAUUAAUCUGUUUGUUUCCGAUUUCACUGCUAUUUAGUGAGGGUCAAUGUUCACUAGACACUCAAUAAAUCAGUACACUUAC